CUAUGCUGUCGUGUCGUGUCCCCGUGUCUUGUUCUUCUUUCUUUUUAUAAGCAAAAAUUUAAUAGGGGAACGGAACUUUGUAUUAUUGGAAUUUGUGUGUACUUUUAGAUUAGUUAUAACGCAGCAGCAGAGCCGCCGCAUUUGAUUAUAAUACCAACCACACUUCCCUUCUUCCCGCAUUUUAGCAGCAUAUUAACAAAAACAACAAAUAAAAAUGUUCAUUUGGGAUUGGUUCACUGGGGUCUUAGGAUAUUUGGGUCUAUGGAAAAAAUCGGGUAAAUUAUUGUUCCUUGGUUUGGAUAACGCUGGUAAAACGACAUUGUUGCACAUGCUCAAAGAUGAUAAAUUAGCCCAACAUGUACCAACAUUACAUCCCACAUCGGAAGAAUUGUCCAUUGGCAAUAUGCGUUUUACUACCUUCGAUUUAGGUGGUCACACUCAAGCACGUCGCGUGUGGAAGGAUUAUUUCCCAGCUGUGGAUGCUAUUGUAUUCUUGAUAGACGCUUGGGAUCGUGGCCGUUUCCAAGAGAGUAAAAACGAAUUGGACUCUCUGCUCACAGAUGAGGCCUUGUCAAAUUGUCCUGUGCUGAUUUUGGGAAACAAAAUCGAUAAGCCCGGUGCAGCCAGCGAAGAUGAGCUGAGGAAUGUAUUUGGUCUCUACCAAUUGACAACUGGAAAGGGUAAAGUUGCACGUUCUGAUUUGCCUGGACGUCCCUUAGAGUUGUUCAUGUGUUCCGUUCUGAAGCGACAAGGUUAUGGUGAAGGUUUCCGUUGGUUAGCGCAGUAUAUUGAUUAAGGUGUUGCUGGUGAUUGGCGAUGAUGUGACGACGUUGAUUAUGAUGAUGUGAUGUUUCGUUUCGUUCCGGAGUGGCAAAACAGCAAAACAAAAAUGAUUUCUUUUUUAUUUGUAACACAAUUAAGUAUAUACAACAACAAAAAGAUACAAUAUUUGUAAUUGCAGCAAGCAGCCUCUCAGUCAGUCAAUCAUCAUUCGUUUCUUUUCUAUCACGCAUCCAACCAAACAACACCCACAUAAACACAAACACACACACACACACUCUCAAGUACAUUCAAUCAAACUCUUCUAUUCAUCCACAACAACAACAAUAAAAAAUAAUAAAAGAGAAAAACAACAACAA